CUCUCUCACCACACGUACCACUUAUGCAAGGCUUUAACAAGUAUUACCCACCCGACUAUGAUGGGGAAAAACACGGCAGCCUUAACGCUUACCGAGGCAAACAUGCACUCGGUGAUCGUGCACGCAAGAUUGGCCAGGGCAUCCUCAUCGUGCGCUUCGAGCUCCCAUUCAAUAUCUGGUGUGGAACAUGCAACAACCACAUCGGAAUGGGCGUGCGCUACAAUGCGGAGAAACGCAAGAUCGGAAGUUACUACUCGACGCCGAUCUACGCAUUCCGGUGCAAGUGCCACCUGUGCGACGCGUGGUUUGAGAUCCAGACGGAUCCGAAGAACACGAGGUAUGUCGUGACGGAGGGCGCGCGACAGAAGGACGAAGAGUGGGAUCCGGCGGAGAACGGCGGGUUCGCCGUGCACGACACGGACCCUAACCAACCGCCCCCCGACCCGCUCGCUACGCUCGAGAAGACAACCGCCGCCGAGGCGCACCUCACCCAGGUCGCCCUCCCACGGCUCACCGCGCUCCAAUCCUUCUCUGACAGGCGCAACUCGGACCCUUACUCCCUCUCGCGCAUCGUGCGCAAGCGGUUCCGCGAGGAGAAGAAGGUGGAGGCGGAGGCGCGCGCGGAGGAGGAGGACGUGAAGGCGCGGUUUGGGCUGCCUGGGGAGCUGAGGCUCGAGCGGGAGAGCGAGGAGAGCAGGCGUGAGGCGAAGGAGAGGUGGAGGGAGGAGCGGGAGCGGAGGAUGGGAGAGGGCGUGGGAGUGAAGAGGAGGAGGGUCGAGGGCGUGGGAGCCGCGGGGAUCUUGCCGCGGAGCAAAGCGAGGUCGAUGGGAGGUGUGGCGACGGGCGGGGCUGUGUCUGAGCUCAGGGCGAGGAUAUUGGAGAAUACGGCGAGGCGGGCGACUGCAGUAGCGGGCUCGAGUCGGUCAAGGCCUUCGGAUGGGGGCCUGCAGAAGGGCUUGUCAUUCAGACGGUAGGCGGG